GUGGUUGUAGUCUGAUGUGUCAUGUAGUGUUGUUGUUUGUGAAGACCCUGAUUCAACGUUCUAUAUUUGUUGGGGCGUACAUACAGUAUUUGUUACCCCUAAUUCUAAUGUCUGUACGUUCCAAUCAAAAGAAGUACAAUGGUGAAGAGUUGUGCAGCGAUGAAUUGUACAAAUAAAUUCGAGAAAGGAACGAAUAUUACAUUUCACAGGUUUCCUUUCUCAAAACCACAGCUGUUCCAAAAAUGGUUACACGCUGUCAGGAGGCAAGAUUUCCGACCGACAGAAUACCAUUUUAUAUGUUCCGAUCAUUUUGAAGAAAGUUGUUUCCUUGCAAAUUACGUAAAUCGCAGAAAGCUGAAAGACGAUGCUGUUCCAUCCAUCUUUCGUUUUCCAAACCAUGUACAGCAGAAGAGAAAUACACCACGUACCUCAAAAACUUCUACUAAAGCAGCUAGUUCCACUGCCACAGCUGAACAAGAAAUGGAAGCAGAACCCACAACAAGUACUUGUAGUGUUAACAACGAUCACAUUUAUUCGCUGCAAAAAAGUCCAAGGAUGUACAAAAGACAGUGUAGUGAAACAAUAGAAAAGAAGGAUUGUGUGAUUAGAAGCAUACGAAAACAAUUGUAUGGAAAGAAAGUGAAGUGUGAAAGACAAGAAGAGAAAAUAAAGUGUUUAAAGGAGCUUGUGACUGAUUUGCAAGCCAAAAACUUAAUCAGUGAGAGAACUGCUGGCCUAAUUGAGGAGACUUUUUCCGAUGUCUCUGUAGAAUUAUUUAGGAGAAUGUUUUCUAGCAAGAACACUGAAUACUCUGAAAAACUGAAAUCAUUUUCAUUAACUUUGUAUUUUUAUUCUCCAUGUGCAUAUGAAUACGUGCGUAAAUCAUUAGACUUAGCUUUGCCACAUCCAAAUACACUAAGAUGUUGGUACAACUCUGUAGAUGGAAAGCCAGGGUUUACUGCUGAAGCAUUUUCAGCAAUUUCAGAAAGAGUAUAGCGGGUAAAUGGUGAUGUUUACGUUUGUUUAACAUUUGAUGAAAUGUCGAUUAAAAAAAGACUAGACUGGGAUGGGAAUCAGUUCAUUGGUUAUGUUGACAGAGGUUUUGGGGUUCAGAAUGAAGAGUUAGUGGAAGCCAAAGAAGCAUUAGUGCUUCUUGUUGUGGGUGUAAACACUAAUUGGAAAAUCCCAAUUGCAUAUUUUUUAGUGAAUAGCAUGUCCUCUGAAGAAAAGUUUGGUGUGGUGCAGAAUGCACUCAGACUCUUGCACGAAGUUAAUGUGAAGUGUGUGGGCCUCACAUUUGAUGGUCUAAACACUAACUUGACACUUGCCUCAAAACUAGGAGCAGUUAUAAAUGUUAACCAUUUGCAGCCUUACUUUUUGCACCCCAGUACUGCUGAAAAAGUAUUUACAUUGCUUGAUGCCUGUCAUAUGUUAAAAUUAGUAAGAAAUUUAUUUUCAGAUAUGAAAGUGAUGAUAGAUGUGCAUGGAAAUGUCAUCAAGUGGGAACACAUAGUUGCAUUAGAAAAAUUACAGUGUCAGGAGGGCCUAGUUUUGGGUAACAGAUUGAAAAGAAAUCAUGUUACAUUUCAGAGACAAAAGAUGAAAGUAAAAUUAGCUGUACAAGUGCUUAGUUCCUCAGUUUGUACAAGCCUAAGGUACUUAAGUGAAGACCUACAACUUGAUACCUUUGAAGAUGCUAAAGGUACAGCAGAUUUUUGUGAAAUGUUUGAUAGGCUAUUUGACAUUUGCAAUUGCAAAAGUCCAUUAGCAGUUGGUUACAAAUCUGCUUUAAGGGUCUCAAACAAACCCAUCUGGGAGCCUUUUCUAUCAAAGGCAGAGUCUUAUUUAUUGGGAUUGAAAGAUAUUACUGGAAAAGAGAUCUAUAAGACACAGCGUAAAACGCCAAUAAUAGGAUUCUUAUGCAUCAUUCACAGUAUUAGGGGGCUGUUUGUUGAUCUUGUUGAGACUGAUUACCUCAAAUAUUUGUUAAUGUAUAAAUUCAGCCAAGAUCAUAUAGAGAUGUUUUUCUGCAUGAUACGAGGUAGGUUUGGUUGGAAUAAUAAUCCUUCUGCUUUGCAGUUCCAUUCUGCUUACAGGCAACUAUUAGUGAGGAAUGAGAUAAAAUGUAAAAGCACUGGGAACUGUUCAUCAGAAUCUGUAACUCCAUUAUUGUCUUGGAAAAAGGAUAUGUUUCAAGAAAUAUGGUUUGAUCCCGUUAUAUUUUCAAAAAGUGGAGUGAAUGAUAUUGAUAUAGGCCUUGUAUCUGACUUGAAUGAAAAUUGGUCUCACAUACCAGACCAUGACUAUAUUCAGUCACCCUCCAUCCUGACAGAAUAUUCAGAAAAUAUUGUAGUGUACAUAGCUGGCUAUGUUGUGCAGCAUUUGAAAAAUGUUGUAAUGUGUUCAACAUGUGUUUCUUCCCUUUUUGGAACUUACGAUGAUUUAAUGUAUAACAAGUUUUUAAGAAGGAAAAAUAAUGGAGGUUUGACAAUACCUUCACAUAGUGUUGUAAUAAUAUGUUCUCAGUGCGAAAUUAUUUUAAGAGAAAUACAAGCUGUAAAUGGAGGAAAGCCACCUAGAGGCAAUGUUAAACUUGUAGUGGAAAUUAAAGUAUUGGAGAAACUACAGCACUCCAGUGUAUUUGAAGAAUUAAAUGUCCAUGCCAGAGACAAUUUACUGCCAGAAAAUCAUAUUGUACUACUAUUAAGGGCCAUAAUUUCAUGUUAUAUGAAAAUCAGAUUGCAUCAUG